AUGGGAGAAAUUACUCCAGGAGACUAUAGAAUUAUCGUUAAAAAAGAUAAUAAACCUGUUUUAAAAGUUGAAAAUAUGUAUGAAGUACUAUGCAGAACACAUGCUGAAAUUGAUAAUCAUUCUUCUUUUCAUCCUUUAGCAAACAAACCAAUAAUUGCAAAAGAUUAUCUAUUUUGUAUAGAUUUAAUUGAUUUGUCUUACGAUGCUGAUGGUGAUUACAAAUAUAUUUGUCAUGCUCGCGAUCACUUUACUCGAUUUUCUUGGGCAAAACCACUUACUUCUAAACGAGCUGUUGAA